AUGAGUCGUCUAAGAAGCUUCACCGUUGUCUUCUUCCUGCUGCUGUCCAGCUUCCUGAUGAUUGAUGCCAUGGCUGAUGCUGAUAUCCUGCUCAUGGCCAAGGCCGCCCACCUCGACGAUCCCUACGGUCGUCUCAGGGAGUGGGUUCCCUCCUCCUCCCCCUGCAACUGGACUGGCGUCGGCUGCAGUUCGGUUUCCGGCGUCGUCAUCUUUAUCGACCUCUCCGGCGCCGGGAUAUUCGGCGGAUUCCCCUCCGAGUUCUGCAGGAUCUCCACGCUCCGGCGGCUCAGCCUCGGGGACAACUUCCUCAACGGAACACUGCCGACGGUGGCGCUCUCGCCCUGCUCGCGCCUCCGCCACCUCAAUCUCUCCAGCAAUCUGUUCGUCGGGAGCAUACCCGAGCUGAGCCCACCGUUCAAUGAUCUCCAGGUGCUCGAUCUCGCCCAGAACAACUUCUCCGGCGAGAUUCCGGCGAGCUUCGGAGUGCUUCCCUCCCUGCGGGUGCUGAACCUCUUCGGGAACCUGCUGUCAGGGAAGAUCCCGCCGUUCUUGGGGAAUCUCUCUGAACUGGAGAUGUUCAACCUCGCCUACAACCCGUACGAGGAAGGCCCAUUGCCGGCCGAGAUUGGGAACCUGACGAAGCUGGUGAACCUCUGGUUACCCUUCUCCAGUCUCAUCGGAGAGAUACCGAAGACGAUCGGAAACCUCGAGAGGCUCACCAAUCUCGAUCUUUCUCACAAUAAACUCACGGGGAAGAUACCGACGAGCAUGGGGAGGUUGAAGAGCAUCGUUCAGAUUGAGUUGUAUGAGAACCGCCUGACGGGGGAGCUGCCGGAGAGCUUGGGGAAUCUGACUUCUCUGCUCCGCUUCGACGCCUCCGAGAAUGGCCUCAGGGGAACCCUGCCGGAGAGGUUCACAGGUCUCCACCUCACAUCUCUCGCUCUGAACGACAAUCUCUUGGAAGGGAGAAUUCCUCGGAGUCUCGCGGCCAAUCCCAGUUUGGUCAUCCUCAAGCUCUUCAACAACAACUUCUCUGGCGAGAUACCGGCGGAAUUAGGCCGGAACUCUGAUCUGAUACUGUUCGACGUUUCUACGAAUAAUCUCGUCGGCGGGUUACCGAAGUAUCUAUGCAACGGGGGGAAACUGGAUUCGCUCAUAGCCUUCAAGAAUAAGCUCUCAGGUGAGCUAUCCUCAACCUACGGUAGCUGCACCAGUCUCAAGAACAUACGAAUCUUCAAUAACAUGUUCUCCGGAGAAUUUCCCAAGCGCGUAUGGGGCCUCCCCAGGCUGACCACCAUCGAAAUCUAUGGAAACCUGUUCGAAGGUUCUGUCUCGCCGCUCAUCUCUCAAGUUCAUGGCCUGACGAAGCUCCUAAUCUCCGGCAAUAACUUCUCCGGCGACAUUCCGGUGGAAAUCUGUAACCUUCGGGGGAUCGUCACCAUCGACGCUGGGAGCAACCGAUUUUCCGGCGAAGUCCCCUCCUGCAUUGCCCAAAUGAAGAACCUACAGACGCUGGAGCUCCAGGGCAAUUUAUUCUCUGGGAUGAUACCAGUUGGCGCAUGGCCACUGUUGACGAAGCUGAACCUUUCGAGGAAUAGAUUCUCCGGCGAGAUACCAGGCGAACUAGCCGAUCUCCCGGUGCUAACCUAUCUUGACCUUUCCGAAAACAGCCUCAUCGGCGAGAUCCCUCCAAGACUUGGAGAACUCAAGCUGAACUACUUUAACCUGUCCGACAACGAUCUAGCUGGGCGAGUACCCGCCGGCCUCGCGACGAAGCUCUUCCUCUAUGGUCUUCUAGGAAAUCCAGGCCUGUGCAGCGACGCCAAUCUCUCGCCUAUUCCAACAUGCAGCACUCCUCUCCGACGGGUCUUCUCCGGUCUAACCCUGGCCACCAUGAUCACAGCUGCUCUUCUACUUGCAAGCGCACUGGCUAUCUUGACUAAAUCCUUUUGGAAGCAUAGGGGGAACAAGGGUCAGAGGCCCGGUCGGCCAUGGAUGGUCACCUCGUUCCACAGGGUGGGCUUCGACAUGGCGGACAUAAUCGACUGCAUGACGGAGGAGAACCUUAUUGGCACCGGGAGCUCCGGUCGUGUCUACCGGGGAAGAUUGAAGACGGGUCAGGCCGUGGCCGUCAAGAGGCUGCUGUGCGGCCGCGGCAGGGGGGAGACGGCAACGGCGGCGCGAGCCUUCUGCGCGGAGGUGGAGGCGCUGGGGCGCGCGCGGCACAGAAACAUCGUCAAUCUUCUCUUCUCCUGCGCCGCAGAAGGGACGAUGGUGCUGGUGUACGAGUACAUGGAGAACGGGAGCCUCGGAGAGGCUCUCCACGGGGAGAAGGGAGGUUCCUCCUUGCUGGGCUGGUCGCAGAGGGCGAAGAUUGCCGUAGGGGCGGCGCAGGGUCUCGCUUACCUCCACUAUGACUGCGACCCACCCAUCAUCCACCGCGACAUCAAGAGCAACAACAUCCUUCUCGAUGGCGAUUACUGCGCUCGCGUGGGAGAUUUAGGGCUGGCGAGGACGAUGCAGAAGUGCGAGGCCAUGUCUCAUGUGGCCGGCUCAUGCGGCUACAUUGCCCCAGGUUCGUCCGCCGACCUCUUCUCCCUCGUUCUCCCAUGGAUUGUUCCUCCGGCGCUCACUGGUGCUUUCCCCGGCGGCGCAGAGUACGCGUAUACGCUGAAGGUGGAUGAGAAGAGCGACGUGUACAGCUUCGGGGUGGUGCUGUUGGAGCUGGUCACGGGGAGGAGGCCCGUCGACGCGGCGGCGUUUGGGGAAGGAAGGGACAUCGUGAAGUGGGCGGCAGACGCCGUCGUGGCGGCGGCGGAGGGUGGCGAGAGGGCGGUGGCGCUGAGAGCUCUGAUUGACCAGCAGCUGAACCCCUCGUCGGAGGAGGUCGAAGGAAUGCUGAGGGUGCUCGACGUGGCGCUUGCAUGCACUUGCGCGUCGCCUGCGAACCGGCCCUCGAUGAGAAGGGUCGUGGAGCUCCUCCAAGGCCGCCGCGCCGUCAGAAACUGCGGCGGCGGAACGAGGAGAUUGUGA